AGCAACUGACUACAAUCAACACAGAGGUAAAAGAGCAGUUGGGAGCGAUGAACAACACCAUAAAUAGCAAGUAUGAGUACCUUGCCAACACCUUGGCUGCCAUUCAGUUACAACUACUCAACUCAGAUAAAAGGCCACAUGAAGGAGAAUCGAUUUUAGGUGAGGGACCCUCAAACUUUGGGGGUAGUGGGAGUUUUCCCAGGUUCCAACAAAGCUCUAAACAAAAGUUACAGAUUGAAAACCCUACCCCACAAAUGAUCAGCCCUUUGCCAAAAAUAGACUUUCCCAGGUUUGAUGGCAGUCAACCAAGGUCUUGGAUCUUAAAGUGCAAUGGGUAUUUUAAAUUAAUUCCUAAUGUACCUGAUCAGCAGAAGGUGGUUCUUGCUGCCAUGCAUUUUGAGGGAAGAGCUGCACAAUGGUAUCAAAAUUUCAUUUCAAAACAGGAGGAGUUGGGUUGGUCACAGUUUGUUGAUAUAAUUUCAGCCAGAUUUGAGGAUUUAAAAGAAGCCAAAAUCAUUGCUGAGUUCAAUAAAUUAAGGCAAAAUGGGUCAUAUGAAGACUAUGUGGACAGGUUUGAGGAAUUAAGGGCAUGUAUGCUAUUGAUGAACCAUGGGGGUUAUUCUGAAGAGUAUUUUGUGGCCAGUUUCAUCAGUGGAUUACCUGAGGAAGCACAAGCUCUCAUCACCAUGUUUGAACCUCCUAGUUUACCACAGGCCAUAGAACUAGGCAGAAAACAGACAGCUACUUUGGAUGCCAUCUCCAAGAAGCUAAGGGGGCCUUAUAAGCAGACCUAUACACCCUUUCAUAACACCAGGAAACCUGAACAGGCACAAGCAAUUGCUGGGAAAACUACCUCACAAGUUACUGCCAAACCGCCAGUGAAACUACUCACAGCUAGUGAAAUGGCAAAGAGGAGGGAAAAGGGCCUGUGUUAUAACUGUGACGAAAAGUUCACAUAUGGACACAGGUGCAAAAUGAGAGCAAACUUCAUGAUUAUGACAGAGGAAGAGGAGUUGGCUUAUUUACAAGCAAGUGGAGAAACCAACAGUGAAGAAUUAACAGAAGUGGCCAUGGAUGAGAUGCAAAUGACCUUAAACUCUAUCACAGGGGCUGAAGGUUUGACUACCAUGCGAUUAUGUGGAAAAAUUGAUGAGCACCAACUCCAUGUUCUUAUAGACUCAGGAAGUACCCUAAGUUUUCUUAGGGAACAGACAGCAAAGGAAUUGGGGUGUAAACUCGUUUCAGCCAAACCACUCCUUGUUAAAGUGGCCAAUGGCCAGAGAAUGGUCAGUUCACAUAUUGUGGAGGAUUUUAAAUGGGGAAUGCAGAAUCACCCUUUCACUCACAGCUUGAGGGUUCUACAACAUGAAGGUUGUGAUUUGAUUUUGGGUGGAGAUUGGCUUAAGGCCUGCACUCCAAUUGAAUUGGACUACAAUAGAAUGACUAUAUCA